AUGGAGAGUCAAGAGGGGUCAGGAAAUGUUCCGAGAUGGGAAAAUAUGGAUAAAGACAUACUUUCAAACAUUUUCAAGAAGCUCGACGUAGUGGACGUUGUCAUGGGAACAUCACGAGUGUGCAUCACUUGGUUCCUUGCCUCUCACAACAAGACAAUAUGGAGCACUAUCAAACUCAACGAUCUUGAUUCGAUCGUCUUGGAUGACCCCUAUUGGCCACAAAUGCAGGAUAAUGACGAUAAAGAAAAGCAUCGAUACCACCUUAGGAAGAUCUUGAUUGAGAUCAACAAAUUCAGCCGUACUGUCCCGACAAACUUUUUCUUCAACGUAUAUUGCAACAAUAUACUAGAAGAGGAUCUGGCGAUCAUUUCUAACGGGAUGCCGAACAUCCGAAAACUUGCGUUACCAAUAUGGAAAAGGUUAGAUUUGAAUUCAAUUGAGUUAGCCUUUAGUAAAUUGAAGAAUCUACAAACGUUGACUAUUUCACCAUAUCCAUGGCGAGAUGACGCCUUAAGCCCUGAGCUUCGAGCCAUCGGAGACAGCUGUAGAAAUCUUACCACCAUAAAAUUUCAUUGUCUAUUGGACAAAAUCUUGGCCAAUAUAAUUAUCUGUAACUUUCCGAGCGUCCAGCGAAUAAGCUUUCGAUGCUCUUAUGUCUGUAUAGAAGCAACAAUGUCGCUCAUCAUCGGCCAUCCAAACCUCAAGAUAUUUAAUCUUUCACAUUGUAUUUUCAUGGAAAAACCGCACCAGUACAACGACGCCUACUAUAUAUUAGGAAUGAGACCUGAGGAAGAAAUUGUACAAAUCGGUACUCAGAAGCUUGAUAGAAUUUUGGUGUGUAGUAGUUCGGAUCACUGCACAAUUUUCCAAGAUGUGUGGAAAUAUAUACAGAAUCGUAUGGAUCCUCCGCUCAAAGCUUCGCUACGUUCGGGAGGAACAGUGGAAACAUGA